UAUUAUAAUAAUAAUAUCUAUAUUAUUGUGCAUCCUCUCCCUGCGCCAUGUUCCUCAGCAGAGCCAAGUCGUGGCUCCCUGGACUGCCUUGGCGACGAGGAAAGGCGAAGGACGCGAAAAAGGAAGGAAAAUUGCAGGAGGAGCUGGAGGGAAGCACGGCGCCCCCGAAAUCAAGGUGGUGGAGCGGCCGCCGCCUCCUGGGAGCCAUUGGUUGGGGCCAAAGUUCCGCUGCUGGAGAGAGCUCCCUAUUGGCCGGGAUACCUCCGCACCUCUCCCCGCCGAAAGCAUCCGCCGAGUCGCCAGAGCACUUGCAGAUCUGCUUCAACUUCACCCGCCACCUCUUUGACUUGUGCGUGGUGACUUUGCUCUGUGCUUCGUCGCCGGCCUUCCGGCUGGUUUUGGAUAUCCUGGGAUUCGGGGGGGCCCUGAAGGUCUGGCUCCACGGCGUCGCCUGCUUCUUAGUCACCGCUUACGGGAUGUACUUGGCCCUGUGGCUGGUGCAGGAGUACCUCGUCCAGUUUGCCUGCCUCUACGGCUUCCUGCAGACCUUGGUUUUGUGCGUCAGUAUCCAGGCUGGCGGGUCUGAGCCCCCGGAGGAGAAAGAGCCCAUCGCCCCCGACCGAGCCCAAGGAAGAGGAACGGUGCCGGCAGCCGCACAGGCGCAGUCACCGCCGCCGCUAUAUUAG